AUGACCUCCAUCCACGAAACCAACGUGCAGAAGCCAAUCGAGUCCAUCCACCCCAACAACUUACCUGAGGGGUCCAGAGAUCCGGCUACCUCUGCUGCCGCCCUUCAGACUCUCGUCGAGCACUCGAGCAAGCAUGAAGACGUGCGGCACAGCAUCCACGCUCCCAUGCACCGUCUGGAGCAUAUCCCCUUCAUCAAGAAGCUGAUUCCUGGAAUUGAAGACAUCGCGUCGCAAUACCAUAUAGGGAACUAUGUAGCGAUGAGAGGAACAGACGAGAAGUUCUUCGAGGGCAUGCCCUUAUACCCUCGUAUUGGGAUGCACCUGUUGUACUACGGUGGAACGCAAAUCAAGAUCUUGCACAAUCAUGACGUAGAAGGCGUUCUGAAGUCCAUGUCGAUUCGCCAAGGAGAACAUUACGACGCCCCCGAGUCCGUCAAGAGCAUACCCUCGUUCGUCGAUACCUACAGCAUCCAGCUCGAUGAGCUUGAAGAGCCCGACAUGGCCAAGUACAAAUCCUUCAACGACUUUUUCCACCGCAAGCUCAAGCCAGGCUCCCGGCCCGUCCAGAACGAAGACAACCCGAAGGGAAUCUGCAGCGCCGCGGACUGUCGUCUGACGGUGUACCAGACGGUCGACUUGGCGAAGCAGUUCUGGAUCAAGGGGACGCAUUUCACCAUCCCUUCCCUUCUGAAUGUCGCGCCCGAUUCGGAAAUCGCGAAGACGUUUGAGAACGCGAAUCUCGCUAGCUUUCGACUCGCUCCAGCAGAUUAUCAUCGUUUCCACAGCCCGGUGGAUGCCAUCCUCGGGAACACCAUCGAUAUUCCCGGGCAGUACUACACGGUGAACCCGCAGGCCGUGAACGAACCCGGCUUCGAUGUCUUCACAAUGAACAGGCGCGCUGUGCUGUACAUGACGCACCAGGCGACCGGAUCGCCCAUCGCCUUCGUUGCCAUCGGCGCCAUGCUUGUCGGAAGCAUCGUCUGGACGAAAGGCUCCAAGCAGGGCGAGACCGUCAAACGCGGCGAGGAGCUCGGAUACUUCGCAUACGGUGGAAGCACCGUCGUAGUGCUGUUCCCGAAGGGACUUAUGGAAUUUGAUUCUGACCUCGUCGCAAACUCUGAGAAGCCGAUCGAGACCCUCAUGAAGGUUGGAUAUUCCGUUGGGAAUGUUGCUCAGUGAAAGGAGCUCUAAGCGAGGAAAGCUCUUGUAAUAAUAGUGUAAGCGCCAAGGCGUUGGAUGCCUGGAUAGAUCCUUGCCUCGACUAUGGUACAGAGGUCUGUAUCGGUAGACCCGAAGAAAUAAACUAUUGCGCAGUC